AAUAACCUAAAUUCACACAUUUUGAUUGAUUUUAUUGCAAUCAUAAGCUGAAUCUUCAGUUGUUUUAUGUCCGUUAUAUAAUUGAAAUUUUAUUGAAGAAAAAUGAAGAGACAAGGUGUGUGGUGUUUAUUGACGGGGUUGUGCCUCGUGCUGGGGGGGCUCGCCCAGGGCCCAACGAUCGGGCCCUGCAGCGCCCCCAACACGACUGAGAACUUCAACGACGCCUACAUUAGUAAGCUUACUGACGGUGACUAUGAAGUAGUGCAUCCAGCCGGUCAGUCCUCAUCCACCAGCCAGCUACGGUUUUACCACAACGGGACCUACCUUCUCACGUACAUCGACCUGGCGGGGCGGUCUGCUCAGCACACAGGAGAGUACCGCGCGCAGGCUCACGCUGCCUCUGCCCCAGCCACCAUAACGCUGCACUCCCUCCCCAGUGGAGCUUUUGGCAGUGCAGAGUCGGGCACCGUUAAGCUCAGUGUCGUGAGAGCCGAGGAAGGAAUCAUUGAACUGUUGUCGUGCGCCAGGGCAGGUCUUGUAAUUUACGAGCGAAGGCAUCUUCUGAUCUCCACGAUGCUGCAUCGUUCUGGUGUUGAAGCUGCGACCAGUUUGAAUCCGGUAAUCCUGGACACGAUGUACGCAUACCCAGACUUGAGGUUGGGACGGCAAGAUAUUAUUAACUUUAAUCCAUCUCCAGAAGCAAGAAAAUUCUUUAUUAUUUUGGCAGCAAUCAAUUGCUUGUUCAACCUUUUCAAAAAACCAGAUUAUUGUGGUUCUCUAUUGGGUGCUUGGAAAAAUGCAACAUCUAACCUCACAUUUUAUUCCGCCUUGCCAUCCCCACCUCCAACUGUGUUGUACAACUUUGAACCUGUCUUCGCUACCUAUCCAGUUCCUACUUACUCGUGGUCACGUUACGCUCUUCAGCCGUCGGCUUUUGCACAUAAUUCAAUGCAAGCAAGGGUCGGUCCAGUUUAUGCUCAAGAAGUUGGAGGUAUUCCAUAUUUUGCUCACUAUUUUGAGAACUUUGGCAAUAGGGAACAGCAUGACUCUCACCAGAGCCCUCAGCUAGUAGGUGCCCCCAUCACAGGACAGUACAACUUCUUCAUCCCACGUUAAGAAAAUAUGACCUGCUCUUAAAUGAAGAGACUCACGGACCUUUUCUUUCUCCCUUCUAAUUUUUUCCUGUCUAUAUCUGCGGUUUGAUAAUUUUAAGAUUUUCAGCAUUAGGUUCUUGCUUAGUUAAAGGAGGUGUACCAUCGUCAAUAAAGGCAUGGAGAACCCGCCUAUUUCUAAUUUAUAUGAAAAAUUUUUUAGGAUGUUAGGUUUGCCACAUUCUUUAAAUUAUGUGAGCAAAAAUGUGGUUGGGCGGUACUUUUAGUGUUGUAAGUGGCAGUAGUAGAUCUUCAAAAGUGUCGGCACCUAAAGCAGGUAGAAGUUUUGGAUGUUUGAGUGUUUAGAAGAAGGGGUGCUUAAGGGUUGUGAUUGAGAGUUAGAAGUGAUAGCAACCGUUCCUCUCCCUAUUAAGUUAAUUGAAUACGUCUUGUGGGGUUGAAGUGAAUACUAUGAAGCUCAGAUACGUAGUUUAUUGAGGUCGAAGAACGAAGACAACACCUGUAUGAUGGCCGUUAGAAUCGGCAGACAUGAACACAAUGGAAUAACAAUAUCAAAAGAAUACAGAGAACACAAUUAGUAUUUAGUUAUGACAGUUAUACUGAAAUAUUUCAUUACAUUAUAGGACUUGAAUUCUAGUGGAAACUUAGCAUCUUACCCCUUUGCUGAUGUGCACCCCAUGUCGUCAUCCAGCAAAUGACGCUAACACGCGAUAGGCAAAUGUUUACACGCUGGCGCGGUCUAAAACGAACUCACAAUAAUUUAUGGUACGGUUUUACAUAUAAAAAUACUUUCGUCGUUUACCGAAUUUUGAUAAUUCAUGAAUUACACGAGUGUUAUCCUUGCUCAAGAAUUGACAAGAUUUAAUGACCAAAUUAUUUAUAAUUAUAAAAUAGUGAAAUGAUUAAAUACGAAAUAAACAAUCGAGUUCAAAACAAUCAAGUUACAUAUCGUUACAGAGGUUGACGAUCACGAGUUUGAAGGUUUAAAAUAUUAACUACGACAUCGACAAGAAAUGAUAGUGCGAGUUAUGAAUACGAGUCACUACAAGAGAAAGGGAAAUCCUGAAGGCUCUUCAAGAUCGUAUUUACAUGGCCACACAUUACAUUUUCAAUAAGCGAUGUUUUUAUUGAGAGCACUAAUUUUUUUGUGCUAAUUGGGCGUGAAGUAUACAGAGGGCUUUUGUGCAUAACCUGUAUUUAUGCGUUGAGUUCAGACAAAUGUCAUCACUUUAUCUCCAGUGAACAAACGUAAACUUGCUAUCAACUUAUUUCGAAUUCGAGCCGUGGAUGAGAACAUUUAAUAUACGACUUAUAUCGUAGAUUAUCGAUCCAAACCAAUUGCAGUAGAUAUCAGGAAGCUUGGUGAUCAAAUACAUUAAACCUGCGGGACUGGAGUUCAUUGUUCUAAGUUAUUAAACAUGGCACAAACCUCUAAUUUUCGCCUGUUAAUCAAUGUUCAUAAAUACUUUUUUGCAAAAAUCGGAGAUGAUUUGAUAUUGCAGAAUUUCUGCUCUACUGAAUUGCGGUAAUUUCAUUCUAGUGUCCAUGAUUAUAUAAGUUUUUAUCUGAACACAUGCUUUUCCAUGAAGCUUUGGAGUUUGGUCCUCGCAGAACCAUCUUAAAAUUAAAGUUGAAUCAGCGCAGGAGUAUUAUUCAGCUACAAGUUUUUUACAAAUUUAUUUGAAUAAAACUAAACGAAUUCAAAGCUGACUGUGCUAUGAUGUGAGCCGUCGAUGAAUGGUGGACGAAAGUCCGAACUCCGAUGUGACGUCUUGUAUGUUUAUUCAACCGAUAAUAACAUUUAAAACGAUAAAAUUGUACAUUUAUUGUUCGAUAAUAUGUGUUAAGCACGCUGUAGGUUCAUUUAUCCGCUAAUUCCGUUUAGUGCCCUCGAGUUUUUUUCUGAUGAACAUGCAUGUUCCUGUUCCUCAGGCCUAGUGUUUUGUAGAUUUACUCAUAAAAAUAUAUAAAAUCUGACAUUUGUCGAUUAAAACGACUAUUCAUGA